AUGCAUGAUGUAAUGUUGGGCCGUGAUUUCCCCUUGUUCUGGGAGCUGUGGGGAAGAGAAAACAGUUCUGCAGCAAGUGAUGAAACUCCUGUCCCUUUAAAUGAUGGUGUAAGGAAAAUUACCAUUGAAAACAAUGGUGUAGAUAGAGAAGAGGUACCUGAACAGAAGGCUGACCACCAUAGAGAAGAGGUACCUGAACUGAAGGCCGACCCCCAUAAAGAAGAGGUACCUGAACAGAAGGCUGACCCCCAUAGAGAAGAGGUACCUGAACAGAAGGCCGACCCCCAUAGAGGAGAGGUACCUGAACAGAAGGCCGACCCCCAUAGAGAAGAGGUACCGGAACAGAAGGCCGACCCCCAUAGAGAAGAGGUACCUGAACAGAAGGUCGACCCCCAUAGAGAAGAGGUACCAGAACAGAAGGCCGACCCCCAUAGAGAAGAGGUACCAGAACAGAAGGCCGACCCCCAUAGAGAAGAGGUACCUCAACAGAAGGCCGACCCCCAUAGAGAAGAGGUACCUGAACAGAAGGCCGACCCCCCAUAGGAAGAGGUACCUGAACAGAAGGUCGACCCCCAUAGAGAAGAGGUACCUGAACAGAAGGUCGACCCCCAUAGAGAAGAGGUACCAGAACAGAAGGCCGACCCCCAUAGAGAAGAGGUACCAGAACAGAAGGCCGACCCCCAUAGAGAAGAGGUACCUGAACAGAAGGUCGACCCCCAUAGAGAAGAGGUACCAGAACAGAAGGUCGACCCCCAUAGAGAAGAGGUACCUGAAAAGAAGGCCGACCCCCAUAGAGAAGAGGUACCUGAACAGAAGGCCGACCCCCAUAGAGAAGAGGUACCUGAACAGAAGGCCGACCCCCAUAGAGAAGAGGUACCUGAACAGAAGGCCGACCCCCAUAGAGAAGAGGUACCUGAACAGAAGGCCGACCCCCAUAGAGAAGAGGUACCUGAACAGAAGGCCGACCCCCAUAGAGAAGAGGUACCUGAACAGAAGGCCGACCCCCAUAGAGAAGAGGUACCUGAACAGAAGGCCGACCCCCAUAGAGAAGAGGUACCUGAACAGAAGAAGGCCGACCCCCAUAGAGAAGAGGUACCUGAACAGAAGGCCGACCCCCAUAGAGAAGAGGUACCUGAACAGAAGGCUGACCCCGAACAGAAGGCUGACCCCCAUAGAGAAGAGGUACCAGAACAGAAGGCUGACUCCCAUAGAGAAGAGGUACCUGAACAGAAGGCCGACCCCCAUAGAGAAGAGGUUCCUGAACAGAAGGCUGACCCCCAUAGAGAAGAGGUACCUGAACAGAAGGCUGACUCCCAUAGAGAAGAGGUACGUGAACAGAAGGCCGACCUCCAUAGAGAAGAGGUACCUGAACAGAAGGCCGACCUCCAUAGAGAAGAGGUGGUGCUGACAUCAUACAUAUAG